UCUUUGGAAGCGAGCGACUGGGUCUCUGAUGGAAAUACCUGGACUGGGGAACUAAACUGGGAUUUUUUCUUGGAAUAAUCAGAUUUUUGUGAGUUUACUUGUGUUUCAUUUAAAGACUUUCCAACAGUUUUCCUACCCUGGGAGAAGGGACACUUACGCACAUUCAGCACCAUGGCAAACUCUUGUGUCCAGCUGAGCGGCUUUCUCCUCGGCUUCCUCGGUUGGCUGGGCAUCAUAAUCGCCACAGCUACAAACGACUGGGUGCACACAUGCCACCAUGGUAUGAGCGUCUGCAAGAUGAUGGACGACUAUAGAGCCAUGGGUCCCUGGGCCAACUGUGUACUCCGCGCAGGAAAUUCCCACUGCCAGUCCCUAACUCAGAUCUUUGACCUGCCAGUUUACAUUCAGACCACUCGAGCCCUGAUGAUCAUAGCCUCCAUCCUUGGUCUCCCAGCGGCGGGAAUUCUGCUCAUGUCCAUGCCCUGCAUCAACCUUGGAAAUGACCUCCAGAGCUCCAAGAAUAAGCGUGCAAUUCUGGGAGGGGUUCUCCUUCUUCUAGUUGGAUUAUGUGGUUUAGUGUCCACCAUCUGGUUUCCCUAUGCCGCCUUCUAUGACCAGGAGUUCACGUACUUUGGCUUUUCUCUCUACACUGGAUGGGUGGGCACCGUUUUCUGCCUGCUGGGUGGCGCCAUCCUUGCCUGCUCAUCCGAUUCCUCUCCCCCAUCUUCCCGCCCAUACCAGGAAAACAACCGCUUUAACUACUCAAAGCAGGGGGGAGGCCAAAUGCCGGCCCCCUCCACCACCAACCAUGCCAAAAGCGCCCACGUCUGAGAGGUUUCUGGAUGUGGAUGAAGGACUGUGGCUUUGCGUUUUAACAAAAGAGGACGCUUACAUUCAGAUUCAGCUUAGAUGCAGAUAAACUCACUCCUUGCAUAAAUGGUUUUGAAUUAACAUACGCUCUGCGACAGACCGGCGACCUGCUUGGUGUGUACACCGCCUUCGCCCAACAGUGGCCUGGACGAGCUCCGGUAACCCAGUGACGUAAGGGAUAUGGCAGAUUGAGAAAAUGACAAACACAAACAGUUAAUUAGCAAUAGAAAAAAGACUGUUUGGGUUGAGCUUUUUCAUCCUCCGCUGGGUGUGAUUUGGGCUAGAAUUCCUUUGCUCCAGUAAUACACUCAUCUCCUGAUCGACUGCCUGCAGAGCUGUCUAUUGUCCUGCUAUUACUCAAAUCUAUUCAAAAAAAAUGUUUUUCUUUACAUUUUUUCCUUAUUUUUUCUUUUAAUAUAAUUUUUUAUGAAUAUUUUUUAAAUAAACUGAAAUCAUUUUGUAUUUUUGUGGUUGAAAUAACUGUAAAUGCUUUUUUUUCACUUUGUUUUUAAAUAUUGAUUAUUCUCUGACAGUUUUUGAAAACUUUUAAACUGAUUCCAUUGGUUGUAGCUGUUUUCACAGCUUAGCUUAGUCGAAAAGUUUUGCGUUAAAGUGUCAGAAUUUGCACUGUAAAACAUCCUGAGGAGUAAUCCUGUCAUGUGAAAAGAAAAACCAAAUCUUAUUUUUAAUUUCUACUAACUUCUGUUUAUCAUAUACUAAUAAUGUGACAAAAAGGAAAGCUGCCUUCACACAGUGGCUUUCCAAAGGACUUUCCUGAGGGGAUUCAGCGUCAACAACAGACGUUUGUUGUUUUUCAAAUAAAUAAAAAAGUGAUUUGAAAA